GCGAGUUUCCCCACUCUUCCUCUCCCCUCGCGUCUUUACAUGUGCGCCGGACUCACAGCUCUCUCCUGAACGGACAUUGCAGGGGGGAAAAAGGGACGAAUUCAACAUGGAACAUGAAUACUGACUUGGGGAAAUAAAUAAACGAGGGGAAAACAACAUUCCUCAUCAUCUGACGCGUUUUUUACCUCUUGCGCAUCUUUUCCUCUUUCUAAAUGUCUCUCAACAGUUUCUGAAGGGAUCCGAGGAAAGGAACAAAAAAAAAUGAGGAUUAUUAUUUUUUCUUGGCACUUUCUUGGGGUGUAUUCCGCCCUUUGGGGACUGGUGACAGGGGCUUUUCCCAGCUCAGUGCAGAUAGGUGGACUGUUCAUUAGGAAUACAGAUCAGGAGUACACAGCAUUCAGACUAGCUAUCUUCCUUCACAACACCAGCCCUAACGCUACAGAAGCUCCCUUUAACCUGGUUCCACACGUUGACAAUAUAGAGACUGCCAACAGCUUUGCAGUGACCAAUGCAUUCUGUUCACAGUAUUCGAGGGGGGUCUUUGCCAUCUUUGGCCUUUAUGACAAGCGGUCGGUGAACACGCUGACGUCGUUUUGUGGAGCCCUCCACAUCAGCCUGGUGACCCCUAGCUUCCCUACCGAGGGCGAGGGACAGUUCACACUGCAGCUCCGGCCGUCCAUCAGAGGAGCUCUGCUGUCCCUGCUCGACCACUACGACUGGAACAGAUUUGUCUUCCUUUAUGAUACAGACAGAGGUUAUGCAAUACUGCAGGCAAUUAUGGAGAGAGCGGGGCAGAAUGCAUGGCAGGUGAGCGCAAUCUGUGUGGAGAGUUUCAAUGAUGCUGCAUACCGCAGACUCUUAGAAGACCUGGACCGACGACAGGAGAGGAAAUAUGUGAUCGACCUGGAGCCUGAGAGACUGCAGAACAUCCUAGAGCAGGCCGUUAGUGUGGGGAAACAUGUUAAAGGAUACCAUUACAUCAUAGCAAACCUGGGAUUCAAGGACAUUUCCUUGGAGAGAUUCAUGCAUGGUGGUGCCAAUGUGACUGGUUUCCAGCUGGUAGACUUCAGCAAACCUAUUGUCAUAAAGCUCAUGCAGCGGUGGAACAAACUAGACCAGCGAGAAUAUCCUGGAUCUGAAAGCCCACCUAAGUAUACUUCAUCUCUAACGUAUGAUGGUGUUCUUGUAAUGGCCGAGGCUUUCCGCACCCUUCGCCGUCAAAAAAUUGACAUCAGUCGCCGUGGCAAUGCUGGGGACUGCCUUGCUAAUCCAGCAGCUCCCUGGAACCAAGGAAUAGAUAUGGAGCGAGCACUGAAACAGGUGCGUAUUCAGGGCCUAACUGGAAAUAUUCAGUUUGAUCACUAUGGUCGGAGGGUAAAUUAUACUAUGGACGUGUUUGAACUGAAGAGCAAUGGACCACGAAAGAUUGGCUACUGGAAUGACAUCGACAAGCUUGUGUUGGUACAGGAUGGAAAUGGUCUCUCCAAUGACAGCUCAGGCAUGGAAAAUCGAACGGUUGUUGUGACCACAAUCAUGGAGGGUCCAUAUGUGAUGCUUAAGAAGAAUUGGGAGCUUUAUGAAGGCAAUGACCAGUAUGAGGGAUACUGCGUGGACUUGGCUUCAGAAAUUGCCAAACACAUCGGAAUCAAGUACAAGAUCUCUAUUGUUCCUGAUGGAAAAUACGGAGCCAGAGACCCAGAGACGAAAAUAUGGAAUGGCAUGGUUGGAGAGCUUGUGUAUGGGAAAGCAGAAAUUGCUGUGGCCCCACUGACCAUAACAUUGGUGCGAGAAGAAGUGAUUGAUUUCUCUAAACCCUUCAUGUCUCUUGGAAUCUCCAUCAUGAUCAAAAAGCCUCAGAAGUCUAAACCAGGUGUCUUCUCCUUCCUGGACCCACUGGCCUAUGAGAUCUGGAUGUGUAUAGUGUUUGCUUACAUUGGAGUCAGCGUUGUCCUGUUUUUGGUAAGUCGCUUCAGUCCAUAUGAGUGGCAUGCAGAGGAACCAGAGGAGGGUGCCACAGAGCCGGGCCCCACUGACCAGCCUCCCAAUGAGUUUGGGAUCUUCAACUCUCUAUGGUUUUCUUUGGGAGCCUUCAUGCAACAGGGCUGUGACAUCUCACCAAGGUCCUUGUCUGGACGUAUUGUUGGAGGUGUGUGGUGGUUCUUCACUCUGAUCAUCAUCUCCUCUUACACAGCCAACCUGGCUGCUUUCCUCACUGUGGAGCGGAUGGUCUCACCUAUAGAAAGUGCAGAAGACUUGGCUAAACAGACAGAGAUAGCCUAUGGGACACUGGACUCGGGCUCCACAAAGGAAUUCUUCAGGAGGUCCAAGAUAGCCGUUUACGAGAAGAUGUGGUCUUACAUGAAAUCUGCCGAACCAUCUGUCUUCACCAAAACCACGGCAGAGGGUGUGGCAAGAGUGCGCAAAUCCAAGGGGAAGUACGCCUUUCUCUUGGAGUCCACUAUGAACGAAUACACGGAGCAGCGAAAGCCUUGUGACACUAUGAAAGUGGGAGGAAAUCUGGACUCCAAAGGAUAUGGCAUUGCCACACCGAAAGGCUCACAGUUAAGAAAUGCGGUCAACCUGGCCGUGCUAAAACUCAACGAGCAGGGCCUGUUGGACAAAUUGAAAAACAAGUGGUGGUAUGACAAAGGAGAAUGUGGCAGCGGGGGAGGGGAUUCCAAGGACAAGUCGUCCCAGGCUCUAAGCCUGUCCAACGUGGCAGGAGUCUUCUAUAUCCUCGUUGGCGGCCUAGGCCUGGCCAUGCUGGUGGCUCUGGUCGAGUUCUGCUACAAGUCACGGGCCGAAGCCAAGCGCAUGAAGCUGUCAUUCUCCGAAGCCAUGCGGAAUAAGGCCCGACUGUCCAUCACGGGAAGCGUGGGGGAGAACGGCCGCGUCCUGACUCCAGACUGCCCCAAAGCCGUGCAUGCUGGUCACGCCUCCCAUCGACACCUCGGCCUUGCAGUGGUCUCCUCCGGACUGCCCUAAAAACCAAAAACACCUGCCGUGCCUUAACCACACACAAACAUGAAGACUUUAAAAUCAAAACACACACAAACAUACACAUGCUUGCAGCAUAUAUCAUAUAUACACACAUCAUUAUAGCUACAGAAAACCGAAUAAAAAUACUCAGAAACAGAGACAUUUUUAACACUUGAAUACACAAGAACAAACUCUGCGAAACCAUUUCACCUUCCUGCUGCCACUGGUUCAUUUUACAGAAGACGAAUGAACUAAAACUGUGGAGUGAGCGGUGCAGAAAAAGAAAGAUGGACAACCAAGACUCCACACUUCCCUACAGCAUUCAGAUUUUGUUUCUUGUUUUAUGUUUUGGAAAGAACAAUUGUGUGACCAUUUUAAGUCAACAUGAAAGCUAGCACAGAUUUUCAUAACUGAAAAAAAAUUAUCUGAGAAAACAACCACAAAGCUAAUCAGACCGUGAUGAUGGUACCGAUAAAGAUGAUGAUCGAAUCUUUUCAAGACACCCAAAACCACUCCGUUCCUGCUCUGUCUUUAUUGGACAAUAAGCCACACCCCCUGACAAAGUCCUUAGUAUUCCCUGCAAACAGUAUUUUUAAGAUCAUCAUUGUGGUUAUCAUCCUUACUUGCCUACAAAGACUGCGUGCCAGAUAUUAUAACCAUUAGGAGACCAGAAAACUGUAAGCUUGAACGGUCAGACUGUGCAAACCUGCUCCUUUGUCACAGACUCUUCAUACUGAAUGAAAAAAAACUUUUUUAAACAUACAUACAGAAUGAUUUUUUGCUCUAAGUCAGCUGGGUAAUCAACCACUGCAGUACUGAAAUAACCUCGAAACAUGUGGCAGAUCUUUACUACAGAAUACAAAGGAGUUUGUAAAAGAAAAAUAUAUUAAUUAGUAAAGUCUUUUCAUCAGCAGUAACAUUAUAUUGCUAGAAGCACUCAACAAUAAGAUGAUUAUUACUUUUUGUUAAGUUGCAAUGGUAAAGUUUUGAGAUUUGAAGAUGAAAACAACACAUGGGCAGAUCUUAAAUGGCUCAAAAUGCUUCUCAACCUAACCACUGGGACAUCAGAGACCUUUGCACAACAAAUGAUGAAGGCUAUGUGGCGACAAUUUAGAACCCAGACCCAAUAUCCAUUCCCUUUGAACUUUUCCAUAUGUUGUCAUUUUUUAUUUCAAAUACAAAUCUGAAAAGUGUGGUGUGCCUUUGUAUUCAGCCCACCAUGAGUCAUAAUUUGUAGAAAAACCUGGAAAUAAGGCUGUAAGUCUUUUGGACUACUUCUCUACUAGCUUUGCAUGUCUGCACACUAUUCUCCUUUACAAAACCGUUUAAACUUCAUUCAGUUUUGAUUCUUGCCCCAGAUUCCUAAUUGGAUUUAGGUUAGUAUUAUGACCUGGCCAUUCUAAAGUACAAAGAAGUAUUCUUCAUAAAAUGAAGAACAUUAUGGAGAACCCUGAUCAUCCUCUUCAUGAGACUUGUUCAACAACAGAGUGUCUUCAGUCAGAGGCUUCUUGAGAUCUGCUGUAAGACAGAGCGCUACAGGA